AUGUAUAAAGGAAGUUUCUUGGGCCAGGGAGAGGCAACCUUGGAAACCAUGGGGACCAACCUGGGAGGAUGGUCACUGCUACUCUUGCUGUUGGGCCUGGUGAUCCCUCCAGCCUCUGCCCAGGCCUUCAGCUAUGAGGAGGCCAUCCUCCAAGCUGUGGAUGCCGUCAACGAACAGUCCUCAGACACCAAUCUCUAUCGAUUCCUGGAGCUGGAUGAGGAGCCCACGGGAGACAAGGACCCCAACACCCCACAGCGCAUCAGCUUCCUGGUGAAGGAGACGGUGUGUCCCAAGACAGCCCAGACGCCACUGCAGCAAUGUGACUUCAAAGAGAAGGGGCUGGUGCAACGUUGUGAGGGGACAUUCAUCCUGGCCCAGGUCGAUGGAUCCUUCAACAUCAACUGUGACAAGCUGCAGGAAGCGCACCUGUUCAGGGGCCUGGGAGGACUCAUCAGGAGAGGAGCACGGAAGAUCCGCAAAGGACUGGGGAGAAUUCGUCGGAGAUUCGGGUUCUAAAUCUUCAGCUGAGAGUAGUGUCCUAAGGUUUGCUGAGAUUCUGGAGUCUGGAAAAUAAAUUCUUAGGAAAGCAAUCUCUUCCAGGCUUUGAUUCCACUUGUCUUGCUUUUCUCACAUAUUGCUAUUACCUAUUACUUGCUUAGUACUAUUACUUAAAGGGUGGGGUGGGGGUGGUUGAAGGCAUA